UAACGUGUGCUCUGACAACAACAGACAGACUGACCGGCAGGAAAGAGGAGAAGCUUCAGGCUUAUUUCACUAGUUAAGGCAGGGUUUAUUACAUUAAGAUUAACAAAGAAACAACAGCCUCUCGCGUGAGGAUCAUUUAGCUUUUAUUCUGUACAUUUUCACGAGUCAGCGCUGUUAGUUCCUGCAGCUAACCUGCCAAGCUAGCAAACUAGAUACAACUUUAUUGAGACAUUUGAUCUGGCUAUUUAGCUAAUGCGUAGAUUGUCAUGAGUUGCCUACCCAUGGAUAGGUCUUUCUAAUUUUUAAAGCAGAUUUCCAGUGUGUGCUGGGGUGAACUGUGUGUCCAGUAUGAGUGCAUCAGCUGGGGACAAAGAGACCCCCCUGGACAAUGCAAAGGAAGAGAUCAGUGGCCCUAUAUGCACAGGAGAGAGCAGCAGACAUGACUCCGCAGUGUGUGCAGGCAGCAGUGAGAUAAAGAGCCGAGCUGUGGUGAAGUACUGUGCCGCUCCUCCUCCCACCAGUUAUGCCCUGCUGCAGGAACAGACGGACCUGAAGCUGCCUCCUGCCAACUGGCUCAGAGAAAACCCCCAGCUGGGCAGCGCGGGGACCACUAUACUGGGCUCCAGCAGCAAGAGCAAGCCUUUUUCCAGUUUUGGCAUGGCUUAUGAAUUCAUCGAUUGCAUUGGGGACGAUGUCGACGUGGUGUCAGACUCAGAGAACAUCAAGAAGCUUUUGAAAAUUCCCUACAGCAAGUCUCACGUCAGCAUGGCCGUUCACCGCGUGGGGAGGACGUUGCUUUUGGACGACCUGGACAUUCAAGAGCUCUUUAUGCGAUCCUCUCAGACAGGUGAUUGGACGUGGCUGAAAGAGUUUUACCAGCGGCUAAUAGAUCAGAAGUGGCAGAGGAAGAAGAAGAGUAAAGAGCACUGGUAUCAGAAAGCAAUCCUGUCAAAGUUCCUCUACUACAGUAUAAACGGGGAUGGGGCUGCAGAGCCUGUACCAGACAACCCGGACCGAGAGGAGAAGGAGAACGAGGCGGAGGAGUUCAGCUCCUCAUGGCCGACCGCCUUCACCAGCACAGCGUCUGACACUGAAGAGUCAGAUGCUCCCAAGCAGGAAAGUUUUUCUAUGGACAGCAUGUUUGCUCUGGACCAGGUGACGUCCGCACCCAAAGAGCAGCACCUCGCCAUGCUCUUCAACGAGGGGGAGAACAGUCAGGGUUUGAGAAACGACUUUGUGCGAAACAUCAUGUGGACUUUUGAGGAUAUCCACAUGUUGGUUGGGUCCAACAUGCCUAUUUUCGGAGGGGGGCGCUAUCCCGCCGUCAGUCUGAGACUCAGGGACAACAAUAAACCGAUCAACAUCCUGACAGGUAUCGACUACUGGCUCGACAAUCUGAUGUGUAAUGUCCCCGAGCUUGUCAUGUGCUUUCACGUCAAUGGCAUUGUACAGAAAUACGAGAUGAUAAAAACCGAGGACAUCCCUCAUCUGGAGAACUCGACCUUCUCCACAAGGGUGGUGAAAGACAUCGCCCAAAACAUCCUCUCCUUCCUCAAGUCCAACUGCACCAAAGAGGGUCACACCUACUGGCUGUUCAAAGCUAGUGGGAGUGACAUCGUGAAGCUUUAUGAUCUAACUACUCUGUGUGAGGAGGCGGAAGAAGAGAAAUGUCAGAAUCCGUUCACUCUUCCUGUGGCUGUGCUGUUAUACCGAGUUGCCAGUAACAUGAUGCUGAAGGCGAGUCAAAACAGAAAGCACUACGGCACAAUAAGAACUCUGCUUCUUAACUGCGUCAAGCUGCUGGAUGAGGAGAGGCACCCACAGAUCAUCGCCUCGGCUCACUACAUGCUGUCAGAGUUGUUCCAGCUCGACGAGCCUCCUGAAGAAGAUGGAGAGGAGUCGCUCCGGGCCGGUGGCUCAGAGGACAGCUACAGCGACGAAGACAGAGAGGAAGAGGAGGAGCUGACGGAGGACAGUGACGAGAACGUCUCCUACAGCUCCUGCUGCAGCCCGCAGGACGACAGUAAAGCCGUGGCUGUGAUUCGCUCCGUGGUGGAGCUGUCCGUCCCGGAGAAAUACAAAUCCACUCACCAGAUCCGACCCAGCGGUGUUUUCCCUGUUUCUCAAGACAAGGAGGAGAAAUGCAGACACGUCCUCAGCUGCGUGCUAAAGGGGUUGAAGGCGGUGGAUGGCACCAUCAAGAAGGAGAGCGAUCUCCCCGCUGCAGACCCCAACACGCCCAUUCCUCUUAAAUACGAGGACAGAAAUGCAAUCGGAGCCUGCGCUGCUGAGCAAGGCAUCUCUCUUCUUCUUGAAAGAGCGAGGGCAUGGCAGGCGGACCAGAAGCUCCCGACACGCUCAGGGAUGAUCCCGGGCUCGUGGCAGCACCGCAUGAAGCUGCAGCUCUUCCUCAAAGCCUCCAAGGCGUACUACGUCCUGUCGGAUGCAGCCACUAAACUGCUGAAGUACGGGCGAGCCUUGCGCUACAUCAAGCUCUCCCUGCAGUGUUACGAUGCGUAUGGUUCAGUGAGCGGAACACUGAACCCACAGGUGCUGCAGUUCCACAGCCAGGGCCUGUGUCUGUGCGGGGACAUCCAGCUGAUGUUGGCUCAGAAUGGCAACAACAGAGCAGCGUACCUGGAGGAGUACAGCUACCAGACCAAAGAGGACCAGGAGAUCCUGCACAGCCUGCAGAGGGAGAGCAGCUGCCAGGCCUUCAACAUGGCAACCGACCUGGCCAUGGACCCGGAGUACCAGCUGUUUGUGAGCAGUAAGUGCUAUGAAGCGGCGUAUGAGCUGCUCGCCUCUGAGGCUUUGAAAGAUCAGGACUCAGAUCAGCUGGCUCAGGUGCUCAAAAGGCUCGGAAACAUCCGCAACGAGAUGGGAGUGUACUUCAUGAACCAGGCCGCAGCCAUGCAGACGGAGAAAGAAGUGAAGAAGUCUGUGUCCGGAGCAGAGCAGGAGAUGUGGAAGAAGAGUUUUUCCUACUUUGAGAAAGGCAUGAAGGACUUUGAAGCCAUUGAGGACAGCACUAACUCCGCCCUGCUGCUGUGUAACACCGGCAGGCUGAUGAGGAUCUGUGCUCAGGCUCAUUGUGCCCUGUCCGCCGACCAGAGCCGAGGGGAGUUCUCCCCUGAAGAGGCGCUCUACUACAACAAGGCUAUAGACUACUACCUGCGGGCUAUGAAGUCGCUGGCGAGAAGGGAGAACCACCCGGCCGUGUGGGACAGUGUGAACUGGGAGCUCUCCACUACCUACUUCACUCUGGCUACUCUCCUGCAGGACUACGCCCCACUGUCCAGGAAGGCCCAGGAGCAGAUUGAGCGAGAGGUGACGGAUGCGAUGAUGAAGUCCCUGAAGUACAGCGACCUGCAGACCGAGUCGGCCCGUCAGCCGCUGUACCAGUACAGAGCUGCAACCAUCCACCACCGCCUGGCCUCCAUGUACCACAGCUGCUUCCGCAACCAGGUGGGGGAUGAACACUUGAGGAAGCAGCAUCGCAGCCUGGCAGAGCUGCACUACAGUAAGGCGGUGUGUUUGUUCCUCAACCUGAAAGACGCUCCCUGCGAGCUGCUGCGCACGCUGCUGGAGAGGGUGGCCUUCGCUGAGUUCACCAUGGCAGGUCAGAGCAGCAGCGCGGCUAAGCUGAAGAGCCUGACUGGAGCAAUAGAGAUCAUGACAGAAACUCGCUUUGCCUUCCUGAUGAUUCAUAAGGAGCUGCAGGAGGAGCAGGGAGAGUUGAGUGAACCGGACACUGCUGAGUCAGCAGAUUCUCCUGACAGGGCCGGGGGCUCCUCCUCAGGACUGAACCUACAGGAAGUGAUGAAGCUGAUCGGCGUGUUUGAGCCGAGUUUCUCCUUCCUCCUGCUGCAGGUGAUCAAACUGAUGACGACGAUGAAACGGAAACCAAGCAACAAGGAUGAGGAGCUGUUGAAAACCUUUAAGAAUGUGUACUCCAAGCUGCUGCGGGCUGAGAAAAACGUUCCUCUCCUGAGCCGCAUCGCGCUCCACAUAGAACUCCUGCAGCAGCUGACGUCACAAACAGGAAGUGGAGAUGCGGGAACACAUUCAUGAUAGAGACAGAAACCAUAGCGCAAAGGACACUCAAGACCUUAACUCUUCUUUAAUCCCCACUCAGUGUCAGGAGAGACGAUUUAUACACACGCUCAGGCAGCACCGUCCUACUCUGAAUAUCAGUCUGAAAGCUAAUUCACCUCCUGCGCCUUUAAAAAAAACACCUCAUCUUUUUAUAACAUUUGCUUCAAAGGUUUAGAAUUGUACAUUUUUGUGAAAAGAGUUGUAAAUUAGAAGGAUAUUAUUUAAUUUUCUUAUUGCUUAAGCAUUUACGGCUUGCGUGUAAAGCUCCUCUGUGUAGGAUUUGUUGUUGACUGAACCACAUUUUAUCUGGAUUGCCUCAUUUUUAUAUAAAUAAAAACAUACCGUAUGAUUUAAAA